CUUUCUGCUGUUUAUAUAUCGCUCUGAGUUAGUUUGUCCUGCAGCUUCACAGCACCGAGGAAACACCAGCAGCUCCUCUCUGAACUCCGAUAGAAAAUAAUCUCCAAAUCUUAAAAGCUGCUGAGAGGAAGCCAUGGCGCCGGUCAUCCAGAUCCCACCUCACCACUACAUCCACGUGCUGGACCAGAACACCAACAUCACCCGCCUGGAGACCGGACCGCUCAACUACAUCCACCAGAACAGGGAAAGAGUGCUCUUCUCUCCGAAGCGUAUGAUCACGGUGCCGCCACAUCACUACUGCGUGGUCGCCAACCCUGUGGCCCGGGAUGAUAAAGGUCAGGUCCUAUUCGACAAAUCCGGUCAAGCCAAACUCCGCUACGGGGACCAGGAGACCCGUCUGACCCAGGAUCCGUUCCCGCUGUACCCCGGAGAGGAGAUCCAGCAGGAUGUGACCCUCCUGCUGACGGUGGCAGCGGGCACAGGGCUGCGUCUGAAGGCUCUGCUCGACUUCGAGGACGAUGGAGGACAGAAGAGAGCAGCUGGAGACGAGUGGCUGUUCAAAGGGCCGGGAACCUACAUCCCGAGGAAGGAGGUGAAGGUUGUGGAGACCAUGAAGGAUCCCGAGGAAGUAAAACGUAUCCUUAAAGUCGCAGGGGCGGUUACCGGCAUCGCAGUAGGUGCAGGUACGAUGGAUUCUUCACAUACUCCAGGGGGUCAAACAUGA